CGUCGCGGGGAUCGCGGAGAUUGCGGAGCUGUUCCGUCUGCUGAUAUAGGUACAGCCACUGCCCAGUCUUGCCAGGAGCAUCAUCCAGACGAGCACCAUGGCGAUCCUCAACCCAACCACCGAGCAAGUCAAGGCGUCUGUAGACGAGGCACUACAAGCUGCGAAUGCCUCUCUGCGCGCUCUCAAUAAAACUAUCUGGUCCAACCCCGAAACUGCGUACGAGGAACACGCAGCACACGAUACAAUCUGCAACUUUCUCGAAGAAAAGGGAUUUACUGUCACGCGGCAUGCAUUUGGCCUCGACACCUCCUUCGAGGCGAGAAGUGGCUCUGGCGGCCGUUUGGUCAACUUCAACGCCGAAUACGAUGCAUUGCCGGACAUCGGCCAUGCCUGUGGCCAUAACCUCAUCACAACCAGCAGCGUUGCAGCCUUCCUAGCGCUCUCGGCUGUACUGAAGCAAUAUAACAUCCCCGGUCGCACGCAGCUGUUGGGCACUCCUGCAGAGGAAAAUGGAGGCGGCAAGGCCAAGCUGAUUGAUGCUGGUGCCUAUGACGGCGUGGACAUCUCAUUAAUGGCCCACGCAGGACCGCAAGAACUCUUCCCUGGCGUGGUAUCGGACGGGUGCGCUGGUGUAUUGAUGAACGCAAGAAAGGAAAUCCACUGCGAGUUCACCGGCGUCAGUGCCCACGCUGGUGGCAACCCUUGGGAUGGCGUCAAUGCGCUUGAUGCCCUGGUCGGCGCGUAUAACAACAUGGCGAUGCUGCGCCAGCAGAUGAAGCCUGACGAGAGAGUGCACUGCGCUUUCCUGGAUACACCCAAGGUCGCCAACAUCAUACCGGCGUUCACCAAGGCCUACUGGCAGAUACGCAGUCCGUCAUUGAAAGGAUUGAAUGCAUUGAUGGCUAGAGCGCGCAAGUGCAUUGAGGCUGGCGCGUCGGCAUCAGGGUGCGAGGUUAAAAUUGUCGAAAAGGAGCUGUAUGCCGAUAUUAAAAUCAAUGAUACUCUCUGUGCCCUAUAUCAGACUCACAUGGGCGCCUACGGGCGCAAUGUCCUUAAAACCCACGAGAAGGUCCUGACUGGCUCGUCCGAUAUUGGCAAUGUCAGCUACAUCAUGCCCACGCUGCAUACGAUGUUUGCCAUCGGAGCAGCGGACGGGGCUUUCCCUCACCACCCUUCCUUCGCUGCUGCUGCUGGAACAGACCGUGCCCACGAAGAAGCCCUGGUGGUAGGCAAGAGCUUGGGGAUGAUCGGGUGGGAAAUGAUCACAAACGAUGCGCAGUUUGAACAGGCCAGAAGCCAGUGGCAGAAGUGCGUGAAGGACGUAGUCUAGAGAGUAAGCCACUUGCGCAUCGUCACUGCAAGAAGAAGGUGGAAUCAAGCCCUGGCCUUCAUUCGCAGUUGGAAACCGACCAGGGCU